GAUUCAUUUUUGACAGAUUAGCUUUUUUUUUUUUGAUUUUCAGACUGUACACUGAUUGGACUUGUCAUUUAUAAAAAAAUGGGAAGCAAAGUUAAAAUAGAACAAGAAAGGCACAACCGAACCCUGGAGCAACCAAUUAAAGAAUUGGCAUCAGACAUAAUAUCGAUUGUUUCAAAUAGGAGCAGCGUUGAUUUGGUUGAAAUCACAUUUAACCUAUUAAAUAAUAUUACAUCAGAACACCUAGAGUGUGCUUUCCUGGACACCAGUGACAGUGUGAAUAAUCCAAAUGUUUGGUCAACAAGAGGUUGCUCACUUGUAAAAAGAAACGCUACUCAUGUCAUUUGCAUGUGUGACCAUUUGACUACAUUUGCAGUACUGAUAAGUAGUUAUCAGAAGGAAGAACCAUAUGAACUGAACGUGUUAACACAGGUUGGAUGCUCACUCUCUAUAGCCAGCCUCACAGUAACGAUUGUUGUUAACAUAGUAUUGUGGGGAGAAAUAAAAGACAGUGCAACAAUUCUGCAUAUCAAUAAAUGUUCACUGCUUCUUGUGGCAUAUGUAACAUUUGUGGCAGGAGUAGACAAAACAAGUAACACAAUAGUCUGUAGACUGGUUGCUGUCAUUCUGCAAUUUACACUCACAGGAAGCAUGUUUUUCAUGCUUGCUGAAGCAAUAGAGCUCUACAAAAAUGUUGUCCUGAUUUUUUAUACUAGGUCUAUUCUUAAAUAUUUGUUAAUAGUUGCUUAUGGUUUACCGACAGUGAUAGUGACAGCAUUUGUGGGUGCCACACAGGGCCACGGUUAUGGUGAUGAGAGAAGAUGUUGGGUAAAGGUGGACACAUUUCUGUUUUGGGGCUUUAGUGGAAUAGUCAUUGGUGUCUGUUUGGCUAAUUUUGUUAUACUUGUUAGAGUAAUGUACAAAAUUCAGACAACCCAAAUAAUAAGGAGGAAGUCAUGUAAAGUAAAAAUCAUAACUGCAAUAAGGGCUCUAGCUGUUUUAACUCCCCUUCUUGGUGUCGGUUGGAUUAUUGGUGUUUUUGCUGUGAAUGAAUACACCAUGAUUUUUCAAUACCUUUUUACAAUAAUGUGCUCCUUUCAGGGGUUUAUGAUCUUCUUAACACAGACAGUAUUUAAUAAAAAGGUGAGACAAGGACUUAAGAAAAGGUUUGCAAGAGCUACUGCUAUGUGCACAAGGGUAUGUGGAUGUGAUUCAAUCACACAACAGGACAUUGGUUUAACUAGAAGGAGGAAACCUAGGCAUGAUCUCCUUAUGUUGGCGCACAAGGUAUAUCUCCCCCGGCAAAUGACAGCAGAAAGCACUUUGCCACUUGAUCAAGAAUUCUCCCAACAUUUGUCAGUGGCAGAUAUGACAUCAGCUUCCAGAGAUGUCCCUCAGAAAAUGACAGCAGAAAGCACUUCGCCACUUGAUCAAGAAUUCCCACAACAUUUGUCAGAUAUCACAUCAGAUUCCCAAGACAUCUAUGAACAGAAUACAUCAUACUUCAUAACAAGAUUGUAGACAAGAAUGAUGACAUUUAAAAAAAAAAGACACAGAAAAUAAAGCAGACAGUCAUUGAACUUAUAUCAAGAUCCUAAGUUUACACAAUUGAAGUGCAGAAAGUGGAUUUAUUGCCUUAAUAAACAUUUUGUAAAGUUUAUAGAGUGGAACACACUUUCUUGACUGGUUAAGAACUACAGACAGAAUGCAAUAAGCUACACAGACAAAAAGUCAAGUUAUUAGAUUUAUUAUACUUCACUGUAAAAUGAUUUAGUAGUUUUCCAAACCACAACGCAGGCAUUUUCUUGGCUUCAGUUUUGUUGUCUAACCUUCAGUAUAAUCAAUUGUUCUGAUUCAUAUUUUUUUUAAUACUAGUACCUUGUCUGUCACUACAAGAAUACUCAAAUUGUAUUGGUUCAUUUCAUUUAUUGUCACACUAUUUUAAUUAUUCU